UUUCCAGGGAGACAAAGUGUAGAAGGGAGGCGUACUUCUGGCAGAAGGAAUAACAUUCGCAAAGUCACAUCUCAGGAGAAAAAAAUGAUAUCUCGGCGUCCACAGUUCUAAGAAGCUGGGCAAUCUCGUGAAGAGUCGCUUGUGCAGAAACAGGCCAGGGCCGGCAUCGCUUCCUCUUUCUGCUUUUCUGUUUCCUAACGACGUCAGCAUAAAUAGGAAGCCGGAGAGACUCCGGGCUGCCUGGAGACUCCAGCAGGAGGUUGGUCUGUCCUGGCACAAAGAGUUUGGCCAUGUAUUGCUAAACAAGAUGCUAUGAAUCUAAUUUCGGAGGACUAGAAGCACUCACAGACCUGGCUGGAAAGGGAAAGACAGCAUCCCCACUGUGGGGCGGAGGCUCCCGGGGGAGGGAAGCCGGACAGAGUGUCUGACCCUCAACUCCGCCACAGAAGAACCCACUCGUGCUGGCCAGCCCCUGAUCAUCAGAGCUGGCCCCAGAGAUGGCGCUGACCCGCCAGCUGCUCCCCAUCGCCCUGCUGGCGCUCUGCUGGGGGCCCAGCAUGGCAGGGGCCCAAGGGACGGUCCCACUGCAGACCCUGCGCUGCCAUAACGACUACACCAGCCGCAUCAUCUGCAGGUGGGCGGACACCCAGGAUGCCCAGCGGCUCGUCAACGUGACCCUCUACCGCAGGCUGGACGAGGACCUUCCACAGCCAGUGUCCUGCGAUCUCAGUGAUGACAUGCCCUCAUUAGACGGCCCUUGUCCCAGCUGUGUGCCCAGAAGAUGCAUCAUUCCCUACUGGAGUUUUGCCCUUGCCGACUCUGACUACUUCUCAUUCCAACCAGACUGGCCUCUGGGCACCCAGCUCAUCGUUACUCUGAUGCAGCACGUGCAGCCCCCCGCGCCCAAGGACCUCCGCGUCAGCCCUGACGGGGACCGUUUCCUGCUGUCCUGGAAUGUGACCCAUGGGGUUUCUGAGAGCCACUGGCUGUCCAGCCUGGAGUUUGAGGUGGUCUACAGGCGGCUUCAGGACUCCUGGGAGGACGCCCCCACCAUCUACUCCAACUCCUCCCGGGCCAUCCUGAGGCCGGAGCACCUCACCCCCAGCAGCACCUACGUGGCCCGAGUGCGCACCAGGCUGGCCCCAGGCUCGGGGCUCUCAGGACGGCCCAGCCAGUGGAGCCCGGAGGUUCGCUGGGCCUCCCAGCCAGGGGACGAGGCCCAGCCCCAGAACCUCCAGUGCUUUUUCGACGGGGCUGCCCUGCUCAGCUGCUCCUGGGAAGUGAGGUCCGAGGUGACCAGCUCGCUCUCCUUCACCCUCUUCUACAAGCCCGGGCCCCAUGCAGGGGAGGAGGAAUGCGCCCCGGUGCUGAGGGAGGCAACCAGCAGCCCCUACGUCCGGCACCGGUGCCGGAUUCCCGUGCCCGACCCCAGGAGCCACAGCCAGUACGUCGUCUCUGUUCGACCCAAGGAGGAAGAGAAACUCAUCAAGAGCUCCGAUAACAUCCAGUUGGCUCCCCCGACCCUCAACGUGACCAAGGGCAGAGAUGGCUACAUCUUGCACUUGAAAAAAGAAAAAAUUCACAGUGGACUCAUAAGUCACAUCUUCCAGGUCCAGUACAAGAAAGAUGAAGAGACAUGGGAGGAGACCAAGACGGAGCUCUUCCAGAAUGCCCACAACAUGCCCCUGCCACCUCUGGAGCCGUCCACCAGGUACCAGGCCAGAGUGAGAGUGAAACCCAACCCCAGCGGCUACAACGGGAUCUGGAGCGAGUGGAGUGAGGAGCGCUCCUGGGACACUGAGUGGGAGCUGCCCACGUGGGUCCUGGCACUCAUCCUGGUCUUUAUCACCCUAACCCUGCUCAUGGCCCUGCGCUUCUGUGGCAUCUAUGGGUACAGGCUGAACCAGAAGUGGGAAGAGAACAUCCCCAACCCCAGCAAGAGCCACCUGUUCCAGAACGGGACUGCAGGACUCCGGCUCCCAGACAGCAUGUCCAUCCUCACCAGCGGGAGCUGCCCACACAAGGGGCCGUGGAGCAGCAGCUACCCUGAGCUGGAUGGGGUGUCCCCCGUGGACUACAGGCACCGUGAGGUGUCACCUCUCACCACAGAGGACCCUAAAGAUGCUUGUGACUCGUCAUGUGAGCCUGCCAUGACUCUGGCCACCUCGGAUGUCCCCACGGAGCAGCCUCCCAGCCCUCCAUCAGGUCUGGCAGCCUCCUCAGGCCAGCCUGAGAGCCAGGUUUCCUGCUUUGACUUCAAUGGUCCCUACCUGGGGCUGCCACACAGCCGCUCCUUGCCUGACAUCGUGGACCAGCAGGUGCCCCCACAGACAGAUGUGAGCAGGAGGCCACCGCCCCCAGGGUCCCUGGAGUACCUGUGUCUGCCCCCAGGGGGGCAGGUGCAGCUGGUCCCGCUGGCCCAGGUGACGGGGCAGGGCGAGGCUGGGGAUGCGGAGAGGAGGUCCAGCCCCGGGGCCGAGGGGAGUCCCUCCCUCGAGUCAGGGGCAGGCCCUGCCCCUGCCGACCCUGGACGAAAGGUGGGUGGUCAGGGCCCGGAGGACAGGGCCCCCACAGUUUUGCCCACUGGCUCUAGGGGUCCUAGGGGUGGUGUCGUGGCCUCUAGUUUUGUCACCACUGCAGAUCUGACAUUCACCCGGCCCACAGGGACCCCGUCUGCCUCCCAGGCUCCCCCUCUGGGCCUCCCCUCAGACCAGAACCCCAGCUUCUGUGCUAGAUUGGCUGAUGGGCCCCCUGUAUCCUCCGCCUGGCUGAAGCCAGAGUAUGAGGGCUAUGUGGAGCUCCCUCCAAAGAUGAGCCAGUUUCCCCAGUGCCCUCUGGUCAGUUUUACUCAUCUUGCAGCCAGGAGCCCCAACUGAGCCAUGUGUACCCCCAGGCAGAUGUGUCCCCAGCGUCUCCACCCCACAAAGAGCUUUCCUCCCACAGAGUGUGGGUAACUAUUGCCUCCCCUCCAGCUUUAGAGCUCCCUAGGCUCCUCCCAGGGCCAACCCUCCACUCCUGGAACUGGGGGCUCAGACCAAGGGACCCUGGCCAAGAUGCUCUUGCCAGUCCAAGUGUGAUGGACAAAGUAAAGCUUGGGUCUUCAAAGUGUGAAGCCACUGCAGGACCCAGCACCACUGAGGGGUGACAACAGGCCUGGAGAGGUGUGGCCACUUCCCCUGCCUCAGCUGGGGCUCUGCAUCCGCCUCCUUCCUUGUUCUGUCCUCUGGCUUCUUCCCCAGAACUUUCUGUGGGUCCAGAGACCAUUGUGGUAGAGAGCAGUGGUUCUCAAACUUUAUCCUGCACCAGAGUCAACUGCAGAACUGGUUAUAGCAAAAGAGCUUUUGAUUCUGUAGAUUUGGGGUGAGACACCCCCUAGGUUGUAUUUCUCAGGAGUUACCAGGUGACACUGAUGCUGUUGGUCUGACAAUUCCUCAGUUGUCCCUUGCCAUGUGCACGGCUGUGGGUUGGGUCCUCAGGGGCAGACAGGUGAGGGAGACCAGAUCCCUCAAGGUCUCUCAGGACAUCAGCGAGUGAGAACCCACACCCUCAUUACUUAUCUUCAAAGAAAUAAAAACAUUUUUUACGCUCA